AUGAACGGCGUAUCGAUACCUUCAUCCCUGGAUGCAUCUGAUUAUGAUCCUAAUGACCAUUUGAACACGAUCUUUUCCCAUCCCUCGACUUUAUCCUCUAUAGAUCAAACGGCUGCUGCUCUACAAACUCAUCAGGAUGAGCUGUCAGAUAAUAUCGCGAAUCUCGUGGCCACUCAAGCAUACAAUGAUGAUUCCUCACUCAAACGGAUGCAAUCUGCAAAGUCGGAGCUUGCAGAUCUUUUCAGAAAGAUUGAAUCAGUACGGACACGAGCUAUACAGACAGAGCAAACGAUCACCUCGAUGACCGCAGAUAUCAAGAGACUGGAUGGCACAAAGAAGAACUUGACUCUGAGCAUGACGGCUCUGAAAAGGUUACAAAUGCUUACGACUGCUUACGAACAAUUAAGGGGUCUAGCCAAAACAAGACAAUAUCGAGAAUGUGCAAGCUUGCUUCAAGCUGUACUGCAACUCAUGAAGCAUUUCAAUAGCUAUAGGAGCAUAGACCAGAUUGCUACCUUGAGUAGAGGUGUUUCAGAGUUACAAAGAGAGUUGUUGGAGCAAGUUUGCGAGGACUUUGAGAUGGCGUUUGCUAAAGGAGAAGUGGGGAGCAAGAAAGCAGUGCUGGCAGAGUCAUGUCUGGUGAUGGAUGCAUUGGGGGAUAACGCUCGGGCAAGGCUGGUGACGUGGUAUGUCAAUACGCAAUUGAGGGAAUAUAGACAGGUUUUCAGAGGAAAUGAUGAAGCUGGAAGCUUGGAUAAUAUUGGUAGAAGAUACAGUUGGUUCAGAAGAAUGCUCAAGACAUUUGAGGAUGAACAUGCAGGAAUAUUUCCUGCUGGGUGGAGAGUCAAUGAGGUUCUGGCAAAUGCCUUCUGCGAAGGCACUAGGGAUGAUUUCAAGGGAAUCUUGGAGCGGAGCAUGAGGCGAACAGAUGGAAGUAGGAUAGACGUCAACUUGCUUCUAAGUUGCCUACAGGAAACUAUGGAUUUCGAGCAAAGUCUUGAAAAGAGAUUCGCUACAGAGACGAGAGCAAGCAUUGAUACUCUCAGCUCAAUCGAGGAUAAACCUCUAACAUUUCACGGGUCUAUUUCGGAAGCCUUCGAACCAUAUCUUAGUCUUUGGGUUGAUUCACAAGACAAACAACUCGCCACAAUGAUACCCAAAUAUCGAAUUCAACCAUUAUUAGCAGCCGAUGAAGAAUUCUCUCCACAGGCUGUGAUUGCGUCAUCUAUCGAGCUUUUCCAUUUUUACAAGACAUCCCUGGCUCAAUGUGCCAAGUUGUCAACCAGUGAACGACUUCUUGACUUCUCAAAGAUCCUAGCUAAAUAUCUCGAUCAAUAUGCUCAGCAGGUUUUACUGUUUUUCUUACAAGGAGCUGGAGGACCCAGUCUUGAGAAUACUAUCCUUGUUCUCAAUACAGCGGAUUAUUGGCACGCAAACACUCAGCAAUUGGAAGAUAAUUUGAAACGGAGAAUUGACAGUGAACUGGCACCCAAAGUGGACUUAUCGUCACAAUCCGAUACUUUUAUGGGUGUUGCCAGCGCAGCAGUUCUAUCAUUGGUAAACAGAGUUGAACUUGACUGCGAGGGAGCAUGGCGUGAGAUGAAGAAUACAAAUUGGAGUAAAAUGGAAAGCGUGGGGGAUCAGAGCAGUUAUGUGGCAGAGUUAUUGAAACAUGUCAAUGAUCAAGCGGGAGAAAUACUACCGUUAGUGGGGAAGCAGCAAUAUGCGCGUGCAUUUUGUGAUAACGUUGUCGAGCAUUUGGCCAAUACGUAUAUCGCAAACAUCGUUCAAUGCCGGCCGGUAUCCGAGGUAGGCGCAGAGCAGAUGUUACUAGACAAAUACGUCUUAACUAAAGGACUGACCACCUUGCUCUCUCAUUCCCCCACUCCCUCUUCAGCCACUGCGAAUACCGCAUUUCAAAAGCGUGUAAAUAACAUAAUGGCUCGCCUGGACCCGCUCCUCAAGACGCUACAGGUCCGUCCCUCACCGCCAGAGGGACUGGUUCAAGCAUACCUAAUUCACAUCGCCGAUCGUAGCGAUACAAAUUUCCGGAAAAUUUUAGAAUUGAAGGGUGUCAGAAAGCAAGAUCAGGCUGCAUUAGUGGAAAUGUUUGGUAUGCAUAGAGAUGGUAAGGCUAAUGAGCAGCUGGUUCAAAACUCACCUCUUCUCACACCACUUAUGAAUGUUGCGGGGCUUGGUAGCACGGGUCUAGGAAUUGGAACACCUGGUGGUAUGCCAGGAUUACAGACACGAUUUGACCCCGCAGGUUUUGGAGAAAAGUUAUUUAGUGCAGCCAGGGAUAGUAUGGGAACUGGGGGGGUUGGCGAUAGAGGGGUAAGUCCUUUGAGCGAGGAUGCUAAGUCUGCCGUGGAAGGAAAUUUGAAGAGUAUUGGAAAGUUCUUCAGAAGAGAUAUGUCUGGGUUUGGUGGGAUGAAUAUAGGGGGUAGGUUUGGUGCUAAGAGAGAUGGAACUAUAGAUGAUUAUACCAAGUAG